UGGCGGUACACACACACAUGAGGCACUAAAGAAAACCAGGACAGAUGUAUUGGUGGAAAAAAACGGUGAUCGACCUGAGGUGCAGGAUUUGGUAGUCCUGAUCACAGACGAGAUGUAUACGAGUCGUGAAACAAAACAAGAAGCAAUGAAGCUGAAAUCUAAACAGUAUCUAAAGAUUUUGACCAUCGGUGUUACAAAAGACAUUGAUGAAUCAGAGAUGAGGAAUGUUUCAUCCGGCGCUGACUUGUUCCUAAAGAUUAAUUCAUUUGCAGAGUUCAAUCGCCAUAUACAUAAAGUAAAACCAGUCAUUUGUUCUGGUGGUAAUGUAAGUUUAAAUGCUCAGCCAUCAGAUCAGGGUGUCAAGGGGAAAAAUGAUUCAAGUCUUCAAAACUUUGAGACCAGCACAACCUUUAAAACUAGUCUGACAUCAUUCACCUAUCAUAAUAAAUUGAUGACAUCCCUGCCAUUAACUAUCACGCAUCAACCAGAAUCUGUGUCAUCGCACGUUGAUUCUGGCUCAAUAUUUUCUACUUCUUCGGUGUUUUCUGUAACAUCAAUACCAUCGUUACCUUUGAUUACCUUAGACAGCAGUGUGAUGCCCUCAUUAUCUAUCUCGCCAACAGUGAUAUCACCGUUAAAGCAGGUUUCCAAGACAUAUUCGCCGAACACAGACUUAUUUUCAUCAACAGUAAUGCAGGAUAUUGUAACGAUUUCUGAAUCAAACUUUAGGUCAAAUCAAUCAAUAAAGGACACCGUGGUUUUACCAUGGAUCUCAACUCAUGAAACAUUGUCACCUACAUUUUUGUCACAUACAUAUUUGACUUCAUUCAUUUUGAACACUGCAAUGUUAGUAUCUCCAUCUAGUUCCGAGAUCAAACCAUCAUUAGUAUCAUCAGGUUCUGAAAUACAGUCAUUUAGUGCAGAAACUGGAGUUUUAGACACAUUAAUAUUUCCAUCAUCAUCAAUUUCGGACACCGUCGCCUUGCCAUUACUUUCAAUGAUCAACUAUCCUGACCAGAACCGAGAAGCAAAUAACAAUCUGCCAUCCUAUGUUCCAACUAACUCUAUCUUGUCUUCAUCGGAAGUCUCUUUCUCUCUGCCUAAAGAAUUAUCUUCCCUGAGUUCAGUUAGAACAUCGUCUUUAAAAAACAACAAACUCUUGGAAUCGUUCACUUCGUAUACAAAUCAGUUCACAGAAAGGGCUCAGCCUACUUCAAGUUCUGUAUGGAAUCAGUCAGUCAUGAUUGAAAACUACAACGCAUCUAUUGUAACUGGCGCCGAGUCCAGUAGAACGCUAUGGACUUAUCUAUCGGCAACAAUUGCUGGUUUUAUCGCCGUCUUGUUGGCAGGAGUUUUUUUGGCUGUUGUAUGGAGGAAAAGUCAAGAAAGAGCUCGCCAGGAAGCAGCACAAAUAAAUGUAGAGGCUCAAUGACAGAGAGAGACAGACAGAAAGAGAGAUAGAGAGAGAGAAAGAGAGAGAUAGAGAGAGAGACAGAAAUAGAGAGAGAGAGAGAAACAGAAAGAGAGAGAGAGAGAGAGAGUUCGUAUUAUGAGACCUACAUUCAAGGAAGAGGUGGCGAAGAAGUAGCACAAAUAAAUGUAGAGGCGCAAUGACAGAGACAAAAAGAGAGAGAGAGAGACAGAAAGAGAGAGAGAGAGAGAGGGAGAGAGUCCAUAUAUUGAAACACUUUAUACAUAAUAUUUGUAAGAAUAUUUAUCAGCUUGCUUAUAUUUCAUUUUUAUUCAUAAAACUUUUCCAAUCCUAUAUUUAAUCAUGGAUUAUUUCCUUAAAAAUGAAAGGUUAAGUUCUCUUUACUUACAGUUUUUUUUCAACCGAAAUACUGUUUAACUCUUUCUCUCCGUAAUUAUUUUUCACGUUUCGAUGGAAUUAUUUAUUUUGUUUCACUAGCCUAUUAUGAUAAAACUAUUUGUAUGCAAUCAGGAAAUGUUAUCUAAGGUAUACAAUUAUA